AUGAAAACGUUUCUGGUUGUGUUGGGCCUUUUGCUGUACCUAUUGAAUUCACUGGACGGCACGAGACUGACUUCUAAGGCCUGCAUUGAGUCUAACACUUCAAUAGCGCUCUCGCAAAUAAUCAGUGGUCUGCGACUACCUUUACUGGCCAUAUUGGUACAUCCAACCUCAACCGUAUUUGACGAAAGCUGCCAGAACGACCGCGGCUUUCAUGUUAAUGAUUUCCUACAUCGGUUUAAUCAAAUCUACUAUAAGUCGGUGAUAUUCAGCGACACGGAGCUCUUUUUUCAGCACAUCGAGAAGAAUCUUCAAGGAGCCAACGAAUGCGUCAGCCUAAUUCUUGACGAGCCCAAUGAGCUGUUGCAUAGUCUUCACGACCGACGCUUAGCCCAUCGUCUUAGCUUGUUUAUCUUCUAUUGGGGAGCCCGUUUGCCACCCAGCUCUCGCGCAGUUAGUUUUAGGGAGCCGCUGCGAGCGGUGGUAAUAACCUGUCCCCGCCAGAACGCUUUCCGCAUUUAUUACAACCAGGCCAGGCCCUGCAGCGUUAGUCAGCUGCAGCUGGUUAACUGGUAUGACGGUGAAAACCUGGGUCUGCAACGGAUCCCUGUUCUCCCAACUGCAGCAUCUGUAUACGCCAAUUUUGGGGGUCGAAUUUUCCGAGUACCGGUGUUUCAUUCUCCACCGUGGUUUUGGGUCAUUUAUUACAAUAACAGUUCCGAAGAGGGGAAGAUCUCAAAAGCUUUUGGGAGCUCGCAGUAUAUCGAAUUGCGAAUCACGGGUGGUCGCGAUCACUGCCUAUUAAAAGUACUCGCCAAGCAUAUGAACUUUCGGUUCAAGUACAUCGAGGCUCCGGGACGAACACAGGGCUCAAUAAGGUCCGAUGAUGCCAGGGAGUCGAAUGACAGUUUUACGGGUGGCAUUGGAAUGCUGCAAUUUAGACAGGCUGACUUUUUCUUGGGUGACGUCGGUCUAAGCUGGGAGCGCCGAAAAGCUGUCGAAUUCUCGUUUUUCACCCUGGCUGACUCUGGAGCCUUCGCCACACAUGCGCCCAGACGCCUUAACGAGGCCUUCGCCAUUAUGCGCCCAUUCAAGCCAGACAUAUGGCCAUAUUUAAUUCUUACGAUCCUUUUCUCCGGUCCUAUCUUCUACGGUAUUAUUGCCAUGCCUUAUAUCUGGCGUCGACGUCGUGUCUUCCCAGACGUCGAGCAUUUUGGGAAAAAAAUUUCUUCUGCAUCAUACAUCAAGGAGACCAUACCGCACAAAUUAAAAUUAAAGCCAAUGAAGAUCCCGUCUGCGCAGCAUGUGCCUUAUCAACUGUUUGAGAAGUGUGUCUGGUUCGCCUUACGCUUGUUCUUAAAACAAUUUUUAUUUAGUUUAUAUGUUGCACUUACUUACCUAUUGGUAACUUACCAUGCACAAAUUUCUCAAUUUUUUUAA